CGAUGCGCUUUUUCUCUAUUAAUUCCUCGUUUGAUUUUGAUUUUCAAUGAAAUUUCACGUUCCCGCUCACUCAUUCCCCCAGUCUCUCUCUAAUUUGACCUUUCGUCCCACAAAAGCCCCAUUUCAAUCCAAUCAAAUCCGAGCCUCUCUCUCUCUCUCUCUCUUCUUCACAGAUUAUCAUCCUCCUCUGGUUUCAAAUCUGCAACCCUAGAAAAGCUUAGAGAUGAACCAGUACCACAUAUACGAAGCCAUUGGCCGUGGAAAAUGCUCGACUGUGUACAAGGGGAGGAAGAAGAAGACCAUCGAGUACUUUGCGAUUAAGAGCGUUGAGAAAUCGCAGAAGAGCAAGCUUCUUCAAGAAGUUAAGAUUCUUCACACUCUAGAUCAUCAAAAUAUCCUCAAAUUUUUUUGGUGGUAUGAAACUUCUGCUCACUUGUGGUUAGUUUUGGAGUACUGUGUUGGAGGCAAUUUGAUGACAUUAUUAAACCAGGAUAAGCAGCUACCUGAAGAGUCAAUUCACGACCUUGGAUGUGACCUUGUUAGAGCUUUGUUGUUUUUACAUUCAAAGGGAAUCAUAUACUGUGAUUUGAAACCAUCAAAUAUCCUUUUGGACGAGAAUGGCCGUACCAAGCUCUGUGAUUUUGGAUUGGCUAGAAAGUUGAGUGAUAUUUCACAAACAACUUCUUCCUCAUUGCCACAAGCAAAACGUGGAACCCCUUGUUAUAUGGCUCCUGAACUGUUUGAAGAGGGGGGUGUCCAUUCAUAUGCAUCUGAUUUCUGGGCCCUUGGUUGUGUUCUGUAUGAGUGCUAUGCUGGGAGGCCUCCCUUUGUGGGUAGGGAAUUUACUCAGCUAGUAAAAUCCAUCCUCUCAGAUCCGACACCUCCUCUACCUGGCACUCCUAGUCGUUCUUUGGUCAAUCUAAUAAAUUUUUUACUCAUAAAGGAUCCAGCAGAAAGAAUACAGUGGCCUGAACUUUGUGGUCAUGCCUUCUGGAGGACUAAGUUAAAUGUGGUGCCUCUACCUCCUCAGCCUGCUUUUGAUAAUAUGCUAGAACAAUGUGCUAAGCCAUGUCUGUCAGUACGUAAUGGUGAUCAAUCUUCCAUAAAUAGGACUCCUAAAUCUCGUCAAAAGGAUGUUAAAAAAACUUUUAAGCAGGAUGAGAAUUCUACUUUAGGAACAAAAGGCCAUGAGACUCCAGUCAAGGGUACACCAGGUGGCCGCAGAACUCAAGCAAAGGUCUCUGGAAGAGGGGUUGAUGAAAAAAAGGAUCCUUCUGGUGCUACCAGGGGUGUGAAUCUUUUGAGACUCUCGAGAAUAGCAAAAAUGAACCUGCAGAGGGAAAAUGAGAAGGAAAACUACCGGAGGCCGGUGUCUACUAAUUCUGAGAAUGAUUCUGAAGUCAAAAUUGAGAACACUGAUAUGGAACUUGACUUUAAUGAGAACACUGAAGAUGACACGCAGGAUGAAUCUGAUGGGUCUGAGAAUCAAGCUUGUACACCUGAUAACAAAUUUUCAAGUCAGAAUCAGCACCAGGAUAAAGUGGAAGACAUGGAAAACAACUCAAACCAAUCAGACACCCUUUCUGUGCUUAAUAUGCCUGCCUCAGAUGACUCAAGAGUACUUGAUCAGGAAUCAUCUCCUCGUAAUAUUGAAGUGGCUGUAAUCCCAUCCAGUGCCAGUCCUGUAAUAAAAAAUCAGAGAUUUAAAGAAGGUUCAGGAUCUGCAAUGGAAUGUGAUCCUGUAAAAUCUUCGAAUAACCUUUCACAGGUUCUUUGGCAUCCAUCUGAUCUCUCAGUCAGACCUGUGAUGCCCAGCAGGAAAUCUGAUAAAAAUUCAGAUGUUCUUCCUUCACUUCCUUUUGACACUCUGCAAGCCUCUGAUUUUGUGAAAAUCUCUAAAGACCAUUUGGAUGCACUCAACAAUAAGAUUAUAGCCAUUUUUAAUGGGAACAGUAGCAUUGGGGAGAAGCAGAAUGUAAUUAGAUACCUUGAGAUGUUAAGCAAUAAUGCUGAGGCCGCCAAUAUCUUGACCAAUGGACCUAUCAUGCUAAUGCUUGUUAAAAUGCUUCGGCUGUCCAAGGCUUUGGCUCUGCGUGUCCAACUUGCUUCUCUGGUUGGUUUGCUGAUUCGCCAUUCAACUUUUAUUCAAGAUGAUUUGGCAAAUUCUGGAAUUUUGGGUUCACUUGCCGAUGGCCUUAGAGACAAGCAGGAAAAAGUGAGGAGGUUUUCUAUGGCUGCUUUAGGUGAGUUGCUAUUCUAUAUAUCUACUCAAAGUGAGCAAGCUGGAGACAACAAUCCAGCAGAGUCUCCAUCAAAGGAAAUCAGGUCCACAUCCGGGUGGCAGGUUUCAAAUUCAUUACUUUCGUUGGUGUCAUCAAUUUUGCGCAAAGGAGAGGAUGAUUUAACUCAACUAUAUGCAUUGAGGACAAUUGAAAAUAUUUGCAGUCAAGCAGGGCACUGGGCAGCUCGUUUGACUAGCCAGGACAUGAUUAAUAACCUGUGCUAUUUAUAUAGGGCUGCUGGGAAGCAGGAGAGCAUGAGGCUCACAGCAGGAUCGUGUUUAGUCCGUCUUGUUCGUUUCAAUCCACCUAGCAUUCAACCAGUAAUAGAGAAGCUCUCUUUAAAAGAAAUAGCAUCGGCUCUUGUGAAAGGCAGUCUACGUGAGCAGCAAAUCAGCUUAAACCUUUUAAACAUGGCCAUGCUUGGAAGUCAUAUGUUCACUAAUAUUGGCAGGCAGCUCCUGCCAUUGAUGGAGGAUAAAAAUCUUGUCCCAGGUCUUGUGUCUCUUAUCGAUCAGGGAAGUGAGGUGUUGAAGGGAAAGGCACUUGUUUUUGUUGCUCUUCUUUGUAAGAAUGGUAGGAGGUGGCUGCCACAUUUGUUUUGCAAUGCCAAGUUACUUUCUGCCGUGGACAGGUUGGCAAAAGAGAAGGACCACUAUGUGCAGCAGUGUUUAGAUGCAUCCGUGUGUGUUGUGGCAUCUACUAUACCCAGUCUACUGGAUACUAUAACAGGAGAAAUACAGCAAAUGAUGGGAGGAAGGCGCCAUGGGCAUCUAUCUCCCCUGAACAGUAGAGUUGCCCCAAAGACCAAUGUUCAUAUGUUUCCUGUAGUUCUCCAUCUUCUUCGGAGCUCGUCUUUUAAGCGCAAGGUGGUGAGUGAUCAGGUCCUGCAGCAGUUGGCAAAUCUAAUUAAACUCGUGGAGACAACAUUUCAGGGCAGGGAUGACUUUCAGAUUACCCUUCUUCGAGUUCUUGAGUCUGUGUCAGAGGAGUCACUUGUAAUUCUUGAAAGCCCUGAUAUUUUUAUCCGUGAAAUCCUCCCCAGUUUGGCCGUGCUUUACAAGGGCAACAAGGAUGGUGAUGCCAGGUUUCUGUGCUUGAAAAUUUUGUUUGACGUGAUGGUUAUUUUCCUGAAUGAACAAUCUGAGGAUGAGCAAAGGUCCAAAGAAUUGGAAUCCAUAUCCAAUAAAAAUUUUCUUCCUCUCUACCCUUCUUUGAUUGAAGAUGAAGAUCCAAUCCCCUUGUACGCACAAAAGCUUCUUGUGAUGCUGAUUGAGUUUAAUUACAUCAAAAUUGCAGACAUUCUAGAUCUUAAGAUAGUCUCACAAUGCUUUGAGUUUUUGCUUGGUGAUCUCUCAAGUGCAAAUGUCAACAAUGUAAUGCUAUGUCUGGCUCUGACUUCGGCACCUGAAAUGGAAACCAAGUUACUUUCUCAGCUGAAGGUAGUUAGGAAAAUAGGAAACCUUCUAGAGUUCGUAUACGCAAAAGAUAUGGAAGAUUUUCUGGAACCAACCCUUGGCCUGUGCAGGGCUUUCCUUUUACGGUCAGUGAGUGGUAGAAAAGGCUUCAUCUAUUCAAAAGAACCUGCUCUUAUAGGUGAUGUGUCCUCAGAGGCAAGUGGUGCUGAUCAACAAGGCAUUAGAGAUAUCACGGACUUUGGCAGCAAUGUUGGUGUCUUGCUAGAGUUGAGUAGAUCCCAUGGAGGAAAUGUGGCGGAUAUAGCUUCCGAAUGUGUGGUCUUGUUGCUCAAGGCAGCUCCAAGGGAAGCCUCAGCCGGUCUUCUAACUAAUCUGCCAAAAGUUACUGCAGUCCUUGAGUCUUGGCGUAGGGGCACAUCUCACUUACUGGUGCAGCGGGUGCUCCAUGCACUUGGUUAUUCUUGCCGGCAAUAUUUGCUACAUGCAAUGAUAUUGUCGAUAUCUAUACCUGAGAUUUCGAGAAUUGAGGGCAUAGUUUCUGAGCUUAAAGGUUCAGGUGUACCUGUUUUAGCCACUGCUGCUUUCCAUGUGGCCGUGGAGUUGCAACGGCUGCCUCGCUGCUUGUGAAACGCUAGAGUAUGCAAAUCAAUUGGCUUUCACAAUGGCAUAAAGACAUGCCUCUUGAGUUCCUGAGAAGGGGUCAACAACUUAUGAAGGUGAGUUUAAUUUUUUUGCAUAAAAUUUUAGUGUCAAUCCAGCUCUGGUUUACAUGUCAUUGUAUAAUCCGUGUACACUUUGUAUGUCCAUUGCAAUUCUAAAUAUAGUUUCUUUUAAUACAUAUUUCUCUUGGAAUUUAGUUGGCUGCAAUUUGAUCAAAAUCCUGUGUUCGACUAAUAUCAAAAUGCUGAUUAAUUGUGGUAUG